UUACAUCCUUUUGGCUGGGGAGAUGUGCUUUCUGCUAGGUAGGCUGGUGGUGUGCAAAUAUUUUUUCCUUCUGUGACUCCGGACGCUGCAUCUGAGGAUCUGAUUGUGCCAAGCUGUCUGUGUUUCUCCAAAGGCAAGGGGGAGCGGGAGUUAACCCUUGGUGUGCUGCCUUAUGGACUAAUGGAAAAGAAAAUUUCAAUGAAGAUGAAUGACGAGGAACAAUAUAAACACAUGCUGCGAGUAAUACAAGAAGGGCAACUCGACCUCCUCCAGGACCAGCUGCAGAGGGAAACCCAUCUACUCGGUGGUCUGUCUGUUAAGCAUUUUGGGAAGUCUGGUGAUACGUUGGUGCACUAUGCUGCAAGACUCGGUCAUCUCUCUAUACUGGCCUAUUUAGUUGAGGCUGUUGGCAUGGAUGUAGAGGUGCUGAAUAAUGACUACAAGAGGCCACUACAUGAAGCUGCAUCCAUGGGUCACAGAAAUUGCCUGUUGUAUCUUCUUAGCAGGGAUGCUGAGGUGGACUGCUUGAAAAAAGCUGAUUGGACACCACUAAUGAUGGCUUGUACCAAGACAAAAUUGGAUAUUAUAAAAGAUCUUAUUGAGCACAGUGCCAAUCCAAUGCUUAAGAACAAAGACGGCUGGAAUUGUUUUCACAUAGCUACUCGUGAGGGUGAUGUUGCCAUUGUCCAGUAUCUACUUGAUGUCUUCCCUGAUAUCUGGAAAACUGAGAGCAAGAUAAAGAGAACACCCUUACACACAGCAGCAAUGCAUGGCCGCUUUGAGGUUAUGGAAUUGCUUUUAGAGAGGUGUAACUAUGAUCCUGACUGUAAAGACAGCUGUGGAAUAACACCAUUCAUGGAUGCUGUGCAGAAUGGUCAUCUCAGUAUUGCUCAGCUACUCAUAGAAAAGAAAAAGGUCUGCUGCUCAGCUUUGGACAGAAUGGGCGCUCAAGCUUUGCACCUAGCUGCAAUCACAGGACAAAAUGAAUCUCUCCAGUACCUGGUAUCUCAACUUGGUGUCAACGUAAAUGAGAAAGGGACAUCCAUGCAACUUAGUGCACUUCAUUAUGCAGCCAAGGAAGGACAUGCUGGCACUGUUUUAACUUUGUUGACUCUUGGUGCUGACAUACACUGUAAAGAUCUGAAAGGAAGAUCUGCUCUUCACAUGGCAACUGCUGGUCAGCAUGCAGCCUGUGUCCACAUUCUUCUGAAAUCUGGACUCCAUGAUUCAGCUGACUGCGCUGGAGUGUAUGCGAAGGACUUGGCAAAGAAACCAGAAGUUCACCAGGUCUUUAAAAAUAUCUGCUAAGAGGAAUGGCCAAGGCUUUUUGGAUUAAGAAAAAUCACCUGUUGUAAUUCAGCUUUUGAAAGAAAAAAAUAAUUAUCUGUACAUUUAAAACAUGUAAUGAUCUGUCUUUGUUUCAGUGUCCUAAUUAAUUUUUUGAUAUAAACAUUAAAAAAAGCAUUGGUUAAAAAUGUUA